AUGUUGCAGUUUGAGCGGGGCGGGCCUCUGGACAUCAACGGCACAGCCUUUGCAGCUGAGCUGGAGGAGGUGAAGCAAGUGGGGGGCGUGGGAUACCAGGGCGUCACCGCCUUCACUGUGGAGACCGCCCAGUUCUGGUUCAACGGCGCAGGCAAGCGCGGCGACCCAGCUGGCGCUGCUGACCUGCUGGCCUGCUGGCGCACGUCCUCUUCCGCGGGCCAGUGGUCUGAUGUGGCGGCCAGCCUGCUGCCGCUGGACACCUCGCCCUACGCCGCCGCCGACCUGCUGUACCGUCUGAACGCCGCCAUGUUUGAUGCCUCGGUGGUGUGCUGGCGCUCCAAGUACGGCUUCGACUUCUGGCGCCCCAUCACCGCCAUCAGGCAAGGCGGCCGCUGGCGCGGAGCUCUGGCAGCUGUGGGCAGCCCUGAUGCAACCUGGGCGCCAAUCCUGGCCCCCACGCCUGCCCACCCCGAGCACCCGUCGGGCCACUCGUGUGCAGGCGGCGCGGCUGGCCGCAUUCUGCGGAACUAUUGGGGGACCGACAACAAGCAAUUCAUAGUCGGCUCGGAGUGGCCCAUCUGGACGGACCCCACACUGCCCAACCGCCAGUACAACUCCUUCACAGAGGCGGUGGAAGAGGGCAUGGUCAGCCGCAUCUAUGCGGGUGUGCACUAUCGGCGAGCGGUCAAUGUGGGCCGCGACAUUGGGGAAGCAGUGGGCGCGUAUGUGUGGAGCUCGCCAGGCCCCAGGCCCUCCACCGUCACCAGCAGCGCCUUUGCCCUUGAUGACACCGACUGA